UUUCAGUAGUGCACUAAAAUGCGAUUGCAGCUGCACGAUAAACAUCGUAAAAAGUUUAUCAUGUUUCGCAAACCGAUUCUUCUGUUUGGUUUAAUAUGUAUCCUAAGUAUUGCAAAUCGAUGUGAAGCGAUAGUUGGUGGGAUUCAGGCGUCAUCCCCACCGAUCGAUGAUCCAGUGGUGUUUGUGAGAUACGUUGGAAGAUCCGCCCGUGUAGAGGGCACCCGAAGCCGUCAGACGGGUUUGUAUUCAUUCCGAGGCAUACGUUAUGCGGAAGCUCCCACUGGAGAACAUCGAUUCCAGAGACCGAGAUUUCAAAGAUUAAGCGGAGAUAUUGACGCAAUACAUAAUGGCCCACCUUGUCCACAGCCAGAGCCAAACAAUCCGCACCGAGUGAUUGGAAACGAAGAUUGUUUACUGCUCAACAUAUACACUCCUCAAAUGCCCGAUGAAACAACCGGUUUGCCGGUGGUGGUGUGGAUUCACGGCGGAGGCUAUCGGUAUAGGUCGGCGGCACAAUAUGGAGCAGAGCCGUUGACACAAAAUGGAGUAAUAUUCAUCCCGAUUCAGUACCGUUUGGGAUCGUUCGGCAUCAUAGGUGACGGAAGUCGUGAUUUUUCCGGUAAUCUGGCGUUGCUUGAUAUGGCGACUGCUGUGCGUUGGGUGAAGGAUUACAUUUCAUGGUUCGGAGGUGAUCCUAAUCAAAUUAAGGUGAUUGGGCAAGGUUCGGGUGCAACAGCGGCCAUGGUGCUGUCUUCCGCAACAAUGGCUCGAAGCUCAAUUAGUGGUGUGGUUGCAAUGUCAGGAUCCCCAUUGCAACCAAAUGCAUACGAUUCAGAACCCACGACAUCGUUGGAUGAGAUUGUUUCGAAACAUAAUUGUUCAGCGGGUAACGAGACCGAGAUUGUGAAGUGUAUGAGGGGAAGAUCGGCUGAGGAUAUUAUCAAAACCGAUAGCGAGCUACAAGUUAGUCGACUCAGUGGGCAAAACGUUGUCAAAUCAUUAAGUGGUCACGUUGGUGUAGCUCCGAGCGUGGAACAGAAGGAUGACGGUCGUGGAUUGUUGGGUAUGCUCACCGAUAAGCCGGAAAUCUUUAUCAAAAAAGGAAAUGUCUUCUCUAUUCCUCUGCUAAUUGGUGUUACGAAAGAUGAAACAGCCAAUGGCAUAGAUAUCAAAGAAAUUGAAUCUGUCUUCUCAACAGCUACAGACUUUCUGCAAAGCACAAGCAAAAUUGUUGGAUUGGAUAAUUUUUUGAACCUCAACAAGUCCGUUGAUCUUUUGGAUUCUCUUGGCGGUGUAUUAAAUUUGCAGCGAUAUUUGGAAGUGCCGAAGUCGUGGAAUGUUACGCAGAUAUUUUCCAAGCUCGUUGAGGCAACAACCGAUGCCGUAUUCAACCUUCCGGCGGUCGUGACCGCCCAACUGUGGAGUGAUUCAUCCAAAGCAUAUUUCUACAGCUUCGAGCACAGAUCUGAUAACACCAAAGGUAGUGAUUUUUUGACGGGACUUCCGCUAGUCUCGAAAGUUAGUUCCGAAAAGCAGAAGGAAACCGUUGCCCAUGGUGAUGAACUUGGAAUACUUUUCGAUACACACGACAUCUUUGGAAACCCAGUUGAGCGAGCAUCCUUGAAAUCUAAGCGGGAUCUUAACGCAAGGCAAACUUUUGCUACCUUUAUUGCCAAAUUUGCGCACAUGAAUGCCAGCAACCUUAGAGAUGAUAGUCUGUUCAAACCAUUCUCUAGUAAGGGUACACCCUACAUUCGGAUUGGGGAACAGAUUACUUCGGCGAACGAUUUUAGAUUUUGUCAGCUAUCACUCUGGGGAGCAAAGCUGGAAGCUUUGAAAUCAGUGUCUUGCAAGUUUCUAGGUGACGGUCUCGGAAAUUUGAAUAGAGUUGUAAGCGGAUUCACAGGGCUUCUGAGUGGUGUCCAACGCCCCGCAUCGACGUCUUCGAAGCUGUUGGGGGUAUUUUAAUUGAGUAUAGAGUAUGAGUAGUUUCUCUUACAUCUAACAUUUCAUGGAUAAUCGUUCGAAAUUAGCCAAUGGGCACAUUAUUUCAUGAGAUUAUCUAUACUGUGGCAUUUUAUCUGUAUUGUUUAGUAAAGUAUAAUAAAUACCACUUUCGAGAACUAA